AUGCCUGAGGACCCGCGCCCAUCCUCAAACGAAGAGAAGAGAUGGUCUGGGCCCCCCUAUAGUAUCAAGGGGCAGCUCUUUGCUAUUUCCGGGGCAGGGUCAGGUAUCGGACGUGCGACGGCUACACUACUCGUUGGAAGCGGCGCAAAGGUCGCGUUGGGGGACAAGAACGAAGAAGCAGUGUCGCAGCUCGCGAGAGAACUUGGGGCGAGUGCGAUAUGGGCGAAGGUGGACGUUACAGUUAGGGAAGAGGUAGAGCAUUGGCUGGCGCAUGCGCCAACGAGGUUUGGGUUGAAGCAAAUCGACGGUAUGUCAACGUUCUGUCUUCAAGGCAUGAAUGUGUCUGGCGAAGUCGACAUCUGCAUGAGCGCAGUAAACCUCGCAGGAAUUUCAGGUCGACUCGAAACUGCGGCGAAGUUCGACGCCGCCGACUACGAGGCCGUCUUCGCAGUCAACGUCCGAGGCACGUUCAAUUGCGGGUCGAUCGUGAACGCUGCGUCGAUAACAGGGCUUGUCGGCAAGCAAAACUGCUCCGUCUAUUGCGCCUCGAAGCAUGCCGUCGUUGGGCUCACAAAAGCUGCUGCGAGGGAGCAGGAGCACACUGGAAUCCGCAUUAACGCCAUCGCACCAGGCUUUGUCAACACACCCCUCAUGGACGCCCUCGAUACAGAACUUGGCUUCCAACUCCCGAACAACGCCGUGCUCGGCCGACGCGCCGACCCUAUUGAGAUAGCGAAAAUCAUCCAGUUCCUGCUAAGCAGCGAUGCGAGCUACGUUACUGGCUCUGUGUGGCAGGUCGAUGGCGGCAUGCUGUGUUGA